UACGUAACUCCUGGCCGAAGAUUAUGUUUUUCCGAAGGUGUCACUGCAGGGCCAGGUGUAUAUGAACGUGGUGAAUAUCUUUACGCGAGUGUUGUUGGUGUUGUUCAAGAAUUAGCACCAACAACUGAAGGAGAGCCACGAAUUGUAACUGUAACGAGAGAGAAAGUUCAUUCAGCAGUUCCAGAUGUCGGUAGUAUUAUAACCGGUAAAGUCAUUCGCAUGACAACUAAAGAAGCAGUUGUUUCUAUAAUGGUUGUUGGUACCAUGCCAUGCAAAGAUGAUUUUCAGGGAUGUUCGCGCUACGGAAAAGGACAAAGUCAAAAUUUACAAUUGUUUUAG